AGGCAUGCUAGGUUAGGCAACGUGUGGAGGAUAUGUCGGUUCUCCCUCCGUCUAUAAAAGCCAUAGAUAUAUCCUUUCACAACAAAAAGAAGAAAAGCCACAUAUAGAUCUGGAUCUAAAAACCCCCAGGUGCAACCAUGACCGAAUUCUUCAUACACAAGAAGGAUUUGGAUCUGGAUGAUCCCCGACGGUGGUUGAGGCCGACAGACCCCGAAGACCAAGUAUUCUGGGACAAAGGUCUUGUCUCCGUUUCAGGUUUGGAACAUCUUGCGGCCUUAAAAAAGAAAGGGGUCAAGAUACAAAUACCAUUGAAGCUGUCUUCUGUGCAAGAACAAAAUCAAAGCAUCUGGUACCGGCCUAGUCUUCCUUUUAAGAGAAAAGCAAAACCACUUGGUUAUUAUCCUUCUUGCACAAUGGUUGGUGAUACUGGUUACUGUCAUGCACAGCCUUCUUCUCAUUCGGCCAUUAGGUCUUGCAACAGUUGUGGUAUCACCCACUCGCGUCGACAUUGUCCCCUUAACCCUGAUCAGGGUGAUCCAGAGACAGCGCCAAAAUAAUGAUGCCGGCAUCGCCAACAGUUCAUGCCGAAGGGAUCAUGGAUGUUAUAUAUUAUUUAUGCGAACUCUGUUUAGAUACAUAUUAUUUAUGCCAACUUUGUUAAAUCUGUCACUAAUGCAGUACUAGAUCUUUAAUGUCAUGUCAAUGGUGCUUGUAUAAAUUCUGACUUUUAAUGCAUUGUAAAUAUAGGACCUUCCCAUGAAUCCAAUCCAUAUCUUCUUAUUGUUGUUCUUUAUUGCUUGACAAC